GUUGGAAGGAGUGUUGCCAGAAUUUGAUGGACUGGAAAAGCUAAAUUGGCAAAAAUAAAUAUAUAUAAAUACUAAAUAAAAAUUGUUUCCGUGCUAAAAUUUUAAAAAAGAACACUAAUACAAGAUAAUAGAACGAUUUCCAAUUUCCCUCUGGUAAAAAAGCCAAAUUUGACGGGAAAAAGGCCAAGUUGGCAGCUCUGAGCAUUCCAAUGUCAAUUAAAUAAGCAAAAAACGCGAAGAAAAGCGCAGAGGAAAACCAGGAAAUCGAAUAGAUAAAUUGCAGCUAGGCUUCACUUCACUUCACAUUCUUCAUAGCUACAGUCCGGAGUCCGGGAAACGGAUUGCAUAGAGUAGCCAUCGCUGGGAGCUGAGCUGCAGCUAGAACUGGAGCACCUUUCCAUUAACCACUCGCUGGAUCAGUAAUCCAGGACGAUGCCCCAGACGAGGGCUGCGGCCGCGGAGGCGGCGGCCGCCGGUACCGCCAACGGCCAACCGCUGGUGAAGAUCGGGCACUACCUGCUGGGCGCCACUCUGGGCACCGGGACCUUCGGCAAGGUGAAGAUCGGCGAGCACCAGAUCACCCGCGUCAAGGUGGCCGUGAAGAUCCUCAACCGUCAGAAGAUCAAGAGCCUGGACGUGGUGGGCAAGAUCCGGCGCGAGAUCCAGAACCUGAAGCUCUUCCGACACCCUCACAUCAUCAAACUUUACCAGGUCAUCUCCACGCCGUCGGACAUCUUCAUGAUCAUGGAGUACGUGAGCGGCGGCGAGCUGUUCGACUACAUUGUGAAGCAUGGGAAGCUGCAGGAGCACCAGGCCCGUCGUUUCUUCCAGCAGAUCAUCUCCGGGGUGGACUACUGCCACCGGCACAUGAUCGUCCACCGAGAUCUGAAGCCCGAAAACCUGCUGCUGGACCACAACAUGCACGUGAAGAUCGCCGACUUUGGACUGUCCAACAUGAUGCUGGAUGGUGAGUUUCUGCGCACUUCCUGCGGCUCUCCGAAUUAUGCCGCUCCGGAGGUCAUCUCCGGCAAGCUUUAUGCCGGCCCAGAGGUGGACAUCUGGUCCUGCGGCGUCAUCCUCUACGCACUGCUCUGCGGCACGCUUCCCUUUGACGAUGAGCACGUUCCCACGCUGUUCCGCAAGAUCAAGUCGGGCAUCUUUCCGAUUCCCGAGUAUCUGAACAAGCAGGUGGUGAACCUGGUGUGCCAGAUGCUGCAGGUGGACCCGCUGAAGCGGGCCACUAUCGAGGAGAUCAAGAAGCACGAGUGGUUCCAGAAGGACCUGCCCGCCUACCUCUUCCCAUCUUCCAUCGAGCAGGACUCGAACGUAAUUGACACGUAUGCGGUGGCCGAGGUGUGCACCAAGUUCGGGGUCAAGGAGUCGGAGGUGCACAACUCCCUGCUCAGCGGGGACCCUCACGAUCAGCUGGCCAUUGCCUACCAUCUGAUCAUCGACAACAAGCGCUUCGCCGACGACGCCGCCAACCAGAUAAACGAGAUCAACAAUUUCUUUGUGGCCGGAUCGCCGCCGCCGCCUCCGCCACCGCCUGCGCCCCAGUCUGGCCUGGGGGAUCAGGCGCCGCUGGCCACCGUCACUGUCGGCGGCGGAACGGCUGCUAGUUCGGGCACGGCCACUCCAGUGCCGCCAGCCUCGGCCUCCUCGACGCCAAGUAGCACAAUCAGACCACAUCCCGAGCGAAUUGCUCCGAUGCGCGACCGCCAGCUGGCCAUGUCCGUCCAAACGUCGGGCGGUGGGGCGUUCCCGGAGAAGACGGCCCGUGGCGGAACUCCAAUCAAGCGUGCCAAGUGGCACCUGGGCAUCCGGUCGCAGAGCAAGCCGAACGACAUCAUGCUGGAGGUGUAUCGCGCCAUGAAGGCCCUCAACUACGAGUGGAAGAUCAUCAAUUCGUACCACGUGCGCGUCCGCCGCCAGAACGUCAAGACGGGAAAGUUCUCGAAGAUGUCGCUGCAGCUGUACCAGGUCGAUGCCAAGAGCUAUCUGCUGGACUUCAAGUCGCUGACCAACGACGAGGUGGAGCAGGGCGACGACGUCAUCAUGGAGAGCCUCACGCCGCCGCCCCUGAGUGUGUCCGGAGUGAUGCCGCUGCAGCCGACCGGCCACCACACCAUGGAGUUCUUCGAGAUGUGCGCCGCCCUCAUUAUUCAGCUGGCGCGCUGAGCCCUGGCUCCCCCAAACCCGAAGAAUACCAGGAGUGGGUGACCGCCGUCGUCCGCAGCGCCGGGCGGAUGGAUGGAUGGAUGAGGAUAAGGAUGAAAUGGGAUGGUUAUGGAAUCUUCUCGGUUGGUGGCCUGCGUUUUGAACGGCGGACCGCCCUAAGGAUUGACCAUAGCCGGGAUGACAUAGCCGUACGAAGGAGGUGUUGCUCGGGUGGUCAGAGUUCCCAAACGUAAAGAUCCCACACUUGACUUGGCUUCUUCUAACUCCCCCCCCCAAAUUAUCUGUACUGUUCCGAAAUCCUAUUUGAAAUUGAGAGCAUUUUCCGCAAGUGGAAACUACAAAUUAUAAGUUUAGCCUGCCCUAGGGACUAUUUUAUUGUAUCCAAAUCCGAAAACAUUUUCGGGCUAAUUCUGUAUCUGAACUCUGAACUCCGCGUAGAAACCCAAAGAUUAAAGACCCGCUGCUGAAUGCUUCCUGGACGAACUCCGACCUCUCGGCUUCCUUUGUGCGGCUGUGUAAUCUAAGAAAAAGCAAAAAUUGAAAAAAGAAAAACAGUUUUCGAAAGCCCGUCAGCCGUCGCUGCUAUUCGCUUCGCCGCAACCGAUACCGACAUCGUUACCGUUUCGGGUUAGUCUUAAGCUUUUUUAUUAUCCGUAUUUUCCCGGACGACUGACGGGCUUCGAAUUUGUUUCUGUUCUGUUUAUAUAUAUACAUGUUGAGUUAUUAUUUUUACCCAAAUCCAAACCGUACGUGUACGUCUAUAUUUGUAUUAUGCCUAACGAAUUGAGUACCGGAUCGUUGUCCUGGAGGAUGUUGUUAGAUCACUAUUGUAAUUAGCUUGGGGCAAGAGCGAGUUUUAUGUACGUAUAUUGAGUAAUGUCAUGUCAGAAUAAAGCGAACGCCAAUUGUUCAUAAACAGUC